AUGGCGUCUGGUAUUCUCCCACUGGGAGAAAUCCCUACCCUGUCUCUGCUCUAUCGCCUCAGACAUCUUACAGCUGCGGCUACCCCGCAAAUCUCUACUGCUUCACAGCGAUUCAACGAUAUCAUCAGCCAUGUAACUCAUGAUAUCACCCGGCUAGAAGUCGACUGUAUCGUUAAUGCUGCGAACGAAUCCCUCCUCGGUGGCGGCGGCGUCGAUGGUGCUAUCCAUCGAGCCGCAGGCCCAAACCUGCUGCGUGAGUGUCGUACACUUGACGGAUGCCAGACGGGUGAUGCCAAGAUCACCGAUGCCUAUCGAUUGCCAUGCAAGAAGGUCGUUCAUGCUGUGGGACCGGUAUAUGUGAUGGAGAGAUUUCGUGGAGGUGGUCGGGGUGACGUGCGUAGGCCAGAGAUGCUGCUGAGAGGCUGCUAUCAACGCAGCCUGGAACUUGCAGUUGCAAGCGGAGCCAAGAGCAUCGCCUUUUCGUCGAUCAGCACCGGAGUCUAUGGCUAUCCCAGCGUCGAGGCAGCCGCCGUGGCGAUCAAGGUGGUUAGGGAGUUCCUCGAGUCCCAUCCCGAGUCAUUGGAGAGGGUCAUCUUCUGCACCUUUGAAAGAAAAGAUGUCAAGGCAUAUGAUAUGCUCCUUCCGCAAUAUUUCCCUCCCACUGCGCAAGAUCUUCCACCUUCUUCAACCACCAGGGAAGAGACAAAAACCGAAGUAGGAGGUCCACACGCCCCAGAGAUCCUCGCCGCCAGUCUUCCUGAUGCGCCAACAUCUGAACCGGUGACUCAGGCUGGCGGUUCCACAGCAAAGAAGGCCAAGUUGUCUCCUGAUAAUAGCACUAUCACAGCCCGAGAUCUCGAAGAUGACGAUGAUUGGGAAAAGGUGGACCAACCAGUGAACACCAAGGAGAAUCUCGAGGACGAUCCGGUGGAAGUUGACAACGGUCCAACCGCGGCAGAUGUCCAGAGCGUCUCCAGCGCUGCCGAUCUUGAAUCCUCCCAUGAAGGGAAAUUCAGGUAA